CAUGGAUUAUUAUUGUGGUGAUUAUAAGGAAAUUGACGGUCAGGAAAUAUUCGCAAUGAUCUAGAAAUCAAGUGACUCACUGUUUUUGACAGAACAACAAAAACCUGCUUGAUGACUGAGGUUCCUUAGACUUCCUCUUGAGGUCAAAGUUACGUCUCUAGUAGUGCACUCUAAGUUUGUGUGAUGUGACAUGAGUUGGUGACUGACGUUGUUCUGAGCCACCCGCUGUCAGGUGAAUUCCAGAGGCUCUUGUCUUGCGGACUACAGUUGAAAGGAAAGAUUUAACCAACUCCAGUUGCAGUGCCAGGCAGCACUGAGCUGUCUUGAAUAUCUCAGGAGGAGGAACAGAACUUUAACCUUGUCUGCCCUGACACUGUGAUCAGCAUAUGACUGCAAAGUACCGGAAGACACACCGCAAACUUAUUUUGAGACGGUUGUUCAAAAGACAGAGUUAAGCCUUGGUGUCAAAUUAGGUUAGGAGGAGAACUGGAGUGUUGCUGAUCCUGGCAGUCUUUUCUGGUGGGAGAUUUUUUUCUAACUUGUUUUCAUUUUGUUGAUACUGAUUGGAUUUCUGCAUGGAUUGUCAAGACUACAUUUGGAAUAGCGGCACUCUUUACAGGUGGCGACUGACAAGGUUGCAGGCAAGCUGAGUUCUACUCUCUCAUGGGUGAAGAACUCCAUGUCACACACGGUUAGUCAGAUGGCUAGCCAGGUGGCCACCUCGUCUGGCCAGGUGGCAACGGUGCCCUCGUCCCUGCAGACCACCACAGCCGCCUCAACAUCCCUCUCCCCGUCUCCCACCUCGGCAUCUCCCGCUAAGCUCAGCCCAGAUGAACUUGAACUGCUCGCCAAGCUGGAGGAGCAGAACAGGUUGCUGGAGACGGAUAGUAAGUCCCUCCGCUCUGUGAACGGCUCCAGGAGGAACAGCGUCUCCAGCCUGGUGUCCAGCUCCUCGGCCUCCUCCAAUCUGUCUCACCUGGAGGAGGACUCCUGGAUCCUCUGGGGACGCAUCGUUAACGAGUGGGAGGACUUCCGCAAGAAGAACGAGAAGCAGCUCAAGGAUCUGGUCAGAAAAGGGAUCCCCCAUCACUUCCGAGCAAUAGUAUGGCAGUUGCUAUGCAACGCCCAGAACAUGCCUAUCAAAGACCAGUACUCUGAGCUGCUGAAAAUGACAUCACCAUGUGAGAAGCUGAUUCGCCGGGACAUCGCCCGGACGUAUCCUGAGCAUGACUUCUUUAAGGAGGACAGCUUGGGACAGGAAGUACUCUUCAAUGUUAUGAAGGCCUACUCUCUGGUGGACCGGGAGGUCGGCUACUGUCAGGGAAGUGCUUUUAUCGUCGGACUGCUUCUCAUGCAGAUGCCAGAAGAGGAGGCGUUCUGUGUGUUUGUGAAGCUGAUGCAAGACUACAGACUGAGAGAACUGUUCAAGCCCACUAUGGCUGAGCUGGGUCUCUGCAUGUAUCAGUUUGAGUAUAUGAUCCAGGAACUUCUCCCAGACCUCCAUAUCCACUUCCAGGCCCAGAGUUUCCACACCUCUAUGUAUGCCUCUUCCUGGUUCCUCACCAUCUUCCUCACCUCAUUCCCUCUCCCUGUUGCCACCAGGAUCUUUGAUAUCUUCAUGUUAGAGGGUCUGGAGAUAGUGUUCCGUGUGGGGCUGGCCAUCCUACAGAUGAAUCAGGCAGAACUCAUACAGCUUGAUAUGGAGGGAAUGUUACAGUACUUUCAGAGGGUCAUUCCCCACCAGCUGGAAAGUGGACCAGACAGGGUCAUCCUGGCUGCUUAUAAUGUCAAGUACAACACCAAGAAGAUGAAGAAGUUAGAAAAGGAAUACACUACAAUCAAAACUAAGGAGAUGGAGGAGCAGGUGGAGAUUAAGAGGUUGCGCACAGAGAACCGCCUGCUGAAACAGAGGAUAGACACACUGGAGAAAGAAAGUGCUUCAUUGGCAGAUAGAUUGAUCCAGGGACAAGUGACACGUGCCCAGGAGGCAGAGGAGACCUACCUGGUCAUGCGGGAGCUGGCCACGGUCAGGCAGCAGAGCGAAGAGGCCACAGCUCAGCUGGAGCUAGCACAGAGCACCAUCAGGGAUCUCCAGCAGAGACCCCUAUUGAGGGGCAUCCCGCGCUACACAGAGGAGUCCAUCCUGCAGCUGGAGAGAGAGCUGGUUCAGGCCAGGCUAAAGGAGGCUGAGUCCCAGUGUGCCCUCAAGGAGAUGCAAGACAAAAUCCUGGACAUAGAGAAGAGGAACACAUCUCUGCCAGAUGACACCAACGUGGUGCGGUUGCAGGAGGAGCUGAUAGCAGUGAAGCUGAGAGAGGCUGAGGCUGUGAUGGGGCUGAAGGAGCUCAGACAACAGGUCAGAGACCUGGAGGAGCACUGGCAGCGUCACCUGGCGCGUACGGCGGGCCGCUGGAAGGACAACCCUAGGAAGAAUGCUGUGUCUGAGCUGCAGGAUGAGCUGAUGAGUGUCAGGCUACGGGAGGCUGAGGCCCAGGCAGAGCUCAGAGAGACACGUCAGAGGAUGAUGGAGCUGGAGACACAGAACCAGAUCCAUAGCAACCAACUGCGUCGGGCAGAGCAGGAGGGGCGGGGCUUUCAGGAGCGUAUGACUGUGCUUACGGCCCAGAAUAAGGGCCUACACGUUCAGCUGCAGGAGAUCAAACGCAAACAGGCAGAGAUUGAGUGCAAGAACAAGGAGGAGGUGAUGGCGGUGAGGCUGAGAGAGGCUGACAACAUCGCUGCCAUGGCCGAGCUGCAGCAACAGAUCUCUGAACUGGAGAUACAGAAAGAAGAAGGGAAGGUCCAGGGCCAGCUGAACAACACAGACUCCAGUCAGUACAUCAGAGACCUGAAGGACCAGAUAGCUGAACUCAAACAUGAGAUCCGCUGCCUAAAAGGCCAGAGGGGGAGCAGCAUGUCCAAUCAGCCCGCUUUUGAUGGGAUCCACAUUGUCAAUCACUACAUACCAGAUGAUGAGUCGUACCACUCCUCGGACGAAGACACAAGUUUAGGCAAGACCCCCUCCCACCUGGACCAUCAGCACAGCAGCAUCAGCCGCAUCAGGCUGCACCCCUCCCUGGGUCUUGGGGACACUGACAGUGAGGGGGAUGAUGAUGGGCAUGGUCUGGUUCUCUCUGUGCCUCCCAUUGGCACCCACAAACACACCACCGUGUGACUGGGUGAUGGACACCAUCGCUAGACGCCUGGAGGCUGAUCAGGGCAGUUCUGAUCUGGUACAGUGGGACAGAGGGGUUGUCCAUGGUAGCAAGCCACUCUUCAGGAGAAUGGCGUCUGACUGUCUGUGGGACUCCAAUGUAGGGAGCUCCUUUCAAUGGCAUCUUUGGAAGCUUGGAAUGGAAUGUGUGGGCUUUGUCAACAAGUGAAGUCGUAGCAGAAUCACACCUGUGGUGGAGUUGGUUUUUUUCUUUGUCCGUUGCGUCAGUCUGCUUUACUCUUGUUUCGCCAAAACCCACCAGAGGGGGAUCAUAUCCGUGUGUUGCUCUGGUCUGGACCCCAGGCAGGCAGAUCAGAGAAGGACAACAUGGAGGUUCAAGUAGCCGCCUGUGCUCCACGAAGCUAGGCUGACCACCAGGGGAGUGGACUGGGGUUACCCUAUUCAGGGUGACCUCACCCAGACAACCAAACUACAGGCUCUCCCUCAGCCCCACAACCAACCAUGGUACAACAGAUACAACACACAGAGACUGUGCAAUAAAAUGUUUUAUGCUUUAUGAUGUCUAUGACACUUCUUUCAAUCUGUUUUUAUUUUUUUAUCGCUUUUAUAAGUGGACAAUCAAAAAUGUAUAGAGCCCUUUUGUGUGGGUGUCUUUAUUAUAUCAGGAGAGAAUAAUGUACUGAAGAGUGAUGAAUGUCUCUAUUGAACAUGGUUAAUGAGCCCCAGUAUCAAACAGAAAGUGUCAACAAGCAUUAGGGUCGUAUUCACUAGACAGCAAACAAAGAAAAGAAAAAAAGGACCAAAAAAGGGAGGGACUAGUGUUAACAGCUGAUAUGUCCCCCAUCAGGGGACUAUAUACUAAAUAGAUUUUUAGACCAAGGAGUUGGAAAUGGAGCUUGCAGUUCCUCCAGGAACGGUGUACCACUUCUCUAAAAAAAAAAAAACAUGUUUUUGUUUCAAAACUUGCCGUUUGCAACAAUGUGCACGACCUAGGUUGACAUAAUGUUGGCUUUUUGGCCUUGAGACAUACAACCUGUUUAUCAUCAGGCCUGGUAUAGGCCUAUCCAAAGGUCAAUUUGAAUCCUGUAUACUCCGUAUAUAUGUAAUUGUUUGUUUUUCAUGUCCAUUUUGACUUGAAAAUAUGUAUCUAAUGAAUUAUUGCAUAUCUGUUUAAUGUAUGCGGCUGAAAGGGACAUAUCACUCUAGUUUUGUCAAAUUGCACAGAUAACUGAUUAGCAGACAUUUCUUUCAGAUGUGGGCUGUGUUCCAAUUCUCCACCCUUCUCCAGAAGUGAGCACUUGUUCACGUGCCCUCAUGCAUUUAAAGGCAUUGGAUUGGUGCAAGCAAGCAUGAAGGGAGUUGUCACCAUAUUCCCUACACCAGUGCAUUUCUUUUAUAUCUAUGAGGGAGAGUGUACAAGUGCACUCUUUGGAAAAGGGGUAGAGUAUGGGAACCUAUCCACAGUCUCAAUGUUCUGUAGAUGUUUUCAUAUAUCCUAAUUUUCUCUGUUGGGAUGAUCUUACUUUUGGAGGAAGGGCGAAUUUAGGAUCACUUCAUAAUUUCAUAGAUUAGGAUACGUUUCAGCAUUUUGGUUAAUGGAAGCAUGUAACUAGUUUAAGUAAACCAACCCAGAUUUAGAAGUACUGCUAUAUCUAAAGUGGGAAUAUUAAUAAUAAAUAAUAAUUAAGGGACAUAAUGAAAAGUAUAAGAACUGUAAUCUGAAUCUUGUAUCAACAUAAAUAAUGUUAAACAGAAGUAUUGCUAUGUUGUACUUUUGCACGAAAUGAAUGACUGUCCAAGCCAAUGAAACAAUACUUUUAUCUGAAAAUACUAAGAAGAUAAUUCUACAUGUCUGUCAAAUGGCAAACUAUUCCCUAUGUGUAGUGCACUGCUUUUGGUCAAAAGUAAUGCACUAUGUAGGUAAUAGCUUGCCAUUUGGCAUGCAUCAUAAGAAAUGUGCUGUUUGUUUCCUCUGUGAAUGAAGCAGAGUGUAUUGUCAAGUGUUACCAAACUGUAGGAUGGGUUGUAUAAGCCUGGUCUCAGAUCAGUUUGUGCUGUAUAGCCUAUAACUCGUUGUGAUGCCUUGGCAUGACAGAUCUGGCACAAUGAUGGCAUUUUAAACAGUAGGCUCUGUAGUAACGUGGCUCUUAAAAACCUUUGCACAUCUACGAGUAAUCCAGACUACUCGUAGAGCAGUCAAAGUGCAUCGUUAGAUGUAUUUUUGCCCUUCCGCGUCACUUUAUUCACAGAUCUCCGCUAAAAAUCUCCUAAACAUCAUGAUUCUAUCGGCCGAGAACUUCAGAAGGACGUUAGUUGACUACAAAGUUGCCAAAGUAUUUCUAAUUGUUGCAAACAAAUUAAAACCGAGAUUAUUACACAUGAUUACAUGGACAACAGAGCCUAAUUAGGCUAUUUUAGUCUUAUUGAAAUCAAUUUCAUGUUCAAUCAGUUGAGUUCUAGUUUGCGACUAGGCUACAAUGUGUAGUGUUUGCCUCCGUGUGACAACGUGUGUAAUGAUAUGCCCAAUCUGUGAUUUCGUGCGUUAUUAUAAGCAUAAUAAACCGUGUCGCCUUCGAUAGCCAUAGGUGGUGAUCUCUCUAUGAGCUGAUCUGUCAUCAGUAUUGUGGCAUAAUUAUGUUAAAAUAAGAUUUGAAUGGAGAAAGCUGAUCCGAGCGCUGUUUUUCUUUCUAUCCUAUCAGUCUCGACACAUGGUCUCUUUACGUGCUUGUUUUGGGAACUCUUAAAGUUGGCUCGUAAAUAACGAUGCAUUCGGUACAAUCAUCGUAAUGCUUAAAUUACAUCGCAACUUGGAAAUGAGGCCCACAACAAUGGACAUCUUAUAAUUGCUAGGUUUUUAAACGUAUUUUAAAGCAGUGGCCCUUUAAGACAUUAGAACCUAUCAGCCAAGUCUCGGCAAAAUAUUUAUAUCCAGAACGCACGGACUCAUUGUUCAGAAGAGGUUUUGUGAUACUGAUGUGAUAUUCCUUGGUUGGUUGAGGACAACGAUGGAUGGAAUAUUUGGAAAGGCAUCAUGACGCAGUUUUGGCACUUUCAGAGAAAGACAAUAUAAUGCAGUAAAGAGAGAAGUCUACAUGGAGUAAUAACACUAUGGAAUAAUCAUUACCACACUCUGAAAACAUGUAUGUGAAAUGAAUGUGUUUGAGUUCACAAAUAAACUAUUUGAUAAACA